ACUUCAAUUAUUAGACGUUUCCUGAGUUAGUGGCAAUGCAAACCAAACUCUGACAACACAAAGAUCACUUGGCCCACAGCAGUGGCAGUAAUGCGACAUAAAUGUCCUCCUUCUGGAUUGAAUCAUCUUAUGGCAUCCUAACAUCUAAGGCUCUUCAAAGGUUCAGAUCCAAUAGAAGCAUUGGUUAGAAGGUAAAAGGUGGAUGAAUGAAUCCAGGGCACAGCAGUUAAUGAAGAACUUCAUCAAACACAGAUGACUGCUUUUCUUUACCAGAAAUCGCCAGCUGUUGUAGAUGAUGUGGCAAUAAAGGAAAGACAGUUCCUCAGCUACCAGAAGAGUGUCUUCACCGACAAAGCUCCAGCUGCCAACAAGGAGAACAAACUCUCAUGGGGCAGUCGACUAUUUGGCCAGAAUAAAGAAAAUCAUGAAAAACAAAAGCAAAGUAUUCUCACUUCAGCACACAAAAAAACACACGAAACCAAAGAGCAAAAGAAGCUGAGUUGGUGGAAACGGUUUAAGAAUAGAAGUCAGGUAUCGUCGGCGCCGAGGGAGCAGCGCGAACCAGAGAAGAAGCGAAUCUCCAACACUCAAAGACACACAAGGGAGGCUCAAGAUGAAGGCAAAGCCACGGCCGGUGCCGCCAACAGAAGGGAAAAUACGUCACGGUGUAAACGUCUCUUUCGUCUAGGCGUGGAAAAAGAAAAGACUCCUAGAAAUGAAAAGCAAAGCUUCACAAUUCCAACAAACCCAAACAAAAAGAUGCCGGAGAAGCCCAUUCGGUGUCUACGUUCUGAGGUUAUACCAACCACACUGGAGCUGCUGAUCCCAGAGAGGAGAUGUCGCUCCACCUUCGCCAAACAGACAACGGUGGAGGUUAAAGGCACAGAACCCGUGCCCCCCAUCAAUCCACCUAAGAAGAUUAUCAGGAUGCCUGAUGGCUCCACUGUUAGAUAUACGCUUGCAACAAUCCCCGAAGAGCAGCAGAACGCAGGGAAGCGUCCCUCCGCGCCCCCCCAACACACGACUGUGGAGGCUCAAGACACAGUCCAAGUGUCUCCCACCAAAUCCCCCAGGAAAAAGCAGAUUAGGUUUCUUGAUGUCUCCACCGGUGGAUCUAGGAUAGCAGCCGACACCGAAAAGCUGCAGAGGUGUCCGUCCCCCCACCCCCGACACAAAAAGGUGGAGUUUAAAGACACAGGCCAAGUGUCCCCCAUCGAAUCCCCCAAGAGCAGGCAGUUUGAGAGUCUUGGUUUCUCAAACCCAGCAGCAACCAUCUACAUCAGCCCUGGACCAAAGGACUUUGUCAGAGAAGAGAGUUUGGAGGUGGAAUUGGCUUAUAGACAUUUACAGGCAACAUUGAAGAGGUGCUGCAGACACAAGCAACUAUAAUUUAUCCAACUAUAAUACAUUUAAUUAAAAGUCAUAGACACUUCGUCUUAUCCCUUCUAAAUAUGGUUAAUUAAAUGUUUAAAUAAACUGUAG